AUGGCAAACCCCGCCCCGCCCCUCUCCAGCAUCCCCCCAGCUCUGGCCUCCCUCUCCGCCAGCCCCGCCGUACUCUCACUUCUGCAAGACCUACACACUCAAGCUCUCACCGAGCCGCCCUACAUCAGCACCGACUCCCAGCCCCACACCGCCGCCCUUGACCGCUUCGUCGCCCUCGACCCAGACAAGUGUGCCCUCAUCUACCUCCUGCUCCGCUCCAGCGGCGCGCGCUUCGUCGUUGAGGCUGGUACCUCCUUCGGCGUCUCCACCAUCUGGCUGGCACUGGCCGUGGGGCAGAAUGCCGCGGGCGGCGAAGCCAAGGUCAUCGCGACCGAGAACGAGCCCAGCAAGGCCGAGCGGGCGCGGCGGUACUGGGACCAGGUUCCGGACCAGGUAGGACGCUGGAUCGAUUUGCGGGUCGGGGAUCUGAGGGAAACGCUGAAGACCGAUCUACCGCGUGAGAUCGAUUUCUUGUUGUUGGACAUCUGGACGCCGCUCGCGUUGCCAACCCUGCAGCUGGUGCAGCCAUAUCUCAGAAAGGGAGCUAUGGUCGUGAUAGACAACAUAACCGCUGCCGCCAAGGGCUACAAAGAGCUAGAGACUUAUUUCGCGGACCCCAACAAUGGCUUUAGGACCACGGUCGCUCCAUAUGGAGGUGGGUUGGGGAUUGCCGUGUAUAUUGGCAGAGAUGAGUGA